GGCGAAAAUUUGCACAAAAAAUCUUAACGCCCCGUUAGGUACUACUCCCUCUGUAUUUAUUUAAGGAAUACACUUGCCUUUUCCGCCUGCAUUUAUUUAAGAGAUACACUUGCCAUUUUUAGUAACUUAUCAACCCCACCAUCUAAUUAAAUACUCCCUCCGUUCCAGAUUAGUUGUUACACUUUCCUUUUUCGCCCGUCCCAGAUUAGUUGUUACACUUCUAAAUUAGGAAUGACCCCACAAUUAUUAUAUUGUCUCUCUAUUCCCACUAACUUUUUUUUGUCCCCACACCUUCUCUCAUUCAAUUAAAAAAAUACUUUCACUAACUCCUAUCACAUCUACUUUUUCAAUAAAAUAAUCAUCGAUAACCAAACAACCACUUCUCACCUAAAACUUUGUGCAAAGGUAAGUGUAACAACUAAUCCGAGACGGAGAGAGUAAUACAUCUAAUUUACCCUAUGACCCACCAUCCUAUUAAACAAAUACUUUCACAAACUUACCCCACCUUCCACCCCCAAAAUGACAUGGUCCCCACUUGUUUAAUUAUUAAAAUAUCCACCCAACCCUACUUGUUUUAUUACUUUAUUUCAUUCAUUUCUUCUUCUUAAUACCCGUGCCCAGCCAAGUGUAUCUCUUAAAUAAAUACGGAGGGAGUAGUUAUAAAUGGUGUGAUGAGAAUGAAUUUAAGUGUAAUUAAAGAAAGAAAAUAACACCAUAAUGUCCAUGAUAAUGCAAUCUCAUCCCAAACGUGUAAUUUUCUUCCUAAAUUUUCACUCCCAUACAAUAUCACUUCCCGUUGGUAAUGGAUGAUAAUGGAGGUUUAUGAAGAAAAUGAGACACUUGAAGUGGACAAGCAUUACCAUGAGCAUUUGUACUCCGUACAUGACUUUACAAAUUUACGCUACAAGUCCUUUCCAAUUACCAUUAUUUAUUACCGCUUAUCAAAUGGGUUUUUAAAAGUCGAAAACAUUAUUUACAAUAGCAAGUUACAUUAAAAAUCAACUAAUUAAACCAAAAAUAUUUGAUCAAACAGUCAAACAAACAACGGAGUAGCUUGUACGAGCUCCCAUACAAACAGGUGGUUUUCCCGCCAACAUCAAUUUCUGUUUUGUCGUUAAAACAUCAAUGCCAGAAAAACAGCUCGUCGAAGAAGAAUCUAAGAAAUUUCUGGGUCUUUAUUUCUACAAAAUUCCCCUGAUUCAAAAACCCUAAGUUACAAAUGAAUCAUCUUGUGCACAAUAUCUCACUUAAACCACAUUCUUUCCUUUCUUACUACUAUGUGAUUUUCUCUCACAUUAGAGAACCUAUCUCUUUCUUUUCAACUUUCACAACUAAAAACCCAGAUGUUAAUAAAAACCCAGAUCAAUUUCCCAGUAAAGUUCAUCCUCAUUCAUUAAAUUCCUCGAAUUUGGUUCCUCCCAAUUACAUAAAGCCUAAAAUAUCAAAUUCCAAUCUUUCUUCUAAUAAUGGUCAAUACUUUGAUAUUAUUUCUUCUAAUAGAAUGAUUACAAGAUAUAUUAGAUCAGCUGAUAUAGAAUCAGCUCUUAGAGUGUUCUAUAAUAUGCCUGUUAAGAAUACAAUUACAUGGAAUUCAUUGUUAGCUGGGUAUUGUAGAAAACCCGGUAUGCUAGCAGAAGCCCGCCAACUGUUUGAUGAAAUUCCUGAACCAGAUAUUUUCUCAUUUAAUACAAUGUUGUCUUGUUAUUUGCGUAAUUCGGAUGUUGAUGGUGCUAGAUUGUUUUUUGAGAAAAUGCCUGUUAAGGAUAUUGCUUCUUGGAAUACCAUGGUUUCGGGUUUUGCUGAAAAUGGGUUGAUGGAGGAAACUGAGAGGCUGUUUACAGCAAUGCCGGAGAGGAAUAGUGUGUCGUGGAAUGUGAUGAUAUCGGGGUAUGCAGAGUGUGGGGAUCUGGAUUCAGCUAUGAGGCUGUUUAGGAUUGAUCCGUUUAAGAGUGUGGUAGCUCGGACUGCAUUGAUAACUGGGUAUAUGAAAAUUGGUAUGGUUGAACUGGCUGAGAGAAUGUAUGAAGAAAUGGAUAUGAAGAGUUCAAUUACAUGUAAUGCUAUGAUUUCUGGAUAUGUUGCAAAUUCUCGACCAGAAGAUGCUGUCAAUCUCUUCAAGAUGAUGGUGGAAUCCAGGGUUGAACCAAACCCAUUAACCAUGACCAGUGUUUUGUUGGGUUGUAGCAAUUUAUCAGCUUUAAUCUUGGGGAAGCAAAUUCAUCAAUUUGUAUACAAGUCUCCAUUUUACAGGGAUACUACAGUUCGGACGUCAUUGUUGAGUAUGUAUAGCAAAUGUGGAGUUUUAGAGGACGCGUGGAAGUUGUUUACAGAGAUGCCUAUGAAAGAUAUGGUUACUUGGAACGCCAUGAUUUCAGGGUAUGCUACUCAUGGUUUAAGUCAGAGAUCCCUUGCUCUGUUCAAAAAGAUGGCAAGUGAAAAAAUAAAGCCAGAUUGGAUCACUUUUGUUGCAGUUUUAUCAGCUUGCAAUCAUGUUGGACUAGUAGAUCUCGGGAUGCAAUAUUUCGAUUCAAUGCAUAAAGUUUACGGGGUUAGACCUAAACUAGAGCACUACAUAUGCAUGGUUGACCUCCUAGGCCGUGCUGGUAAGCUUAAAGAAGCUACCGACUUAAUUACACAAAUGCCCUUCAAACCAAAUGCUGCAAUAUUUGGGAGUCUUUUGGGAGCUUCUAGAAUCCACAAGAACAUAGAGUUGGCUGAGUUUGCUGCAAACAAUUUGCUUCAGGUUGAUCCAACAAAUGCAGGAGCAUAUGUCCAACUAGCUAAUGUUUAUGCUGCUAAAAAGAGAUGGGACAAUGUUUCUAGGGUUUGGAAAUCCAUGAAGAGUAAUAAUGUAGUGAAAAUGCCAGGUUACAGUUGGAUUGAGAUAAAGAAUAUAGUUCAUGAAUUUAGGUCGAGUGAUAGAGUACACCCAGAAUUGCCUGUGAUUCAUGAAAAGCUUGAUGAACUAGAGGGGAAGAUGAAGUUAGCAGGGUAUGUGCCUGAUUUUGAAUUCGCACUGCAUGAUAUUGGUGCUGAGCAGAAACAGAAACUACUGUUAUGGCAUGGUGAGAAAUUGGCAGUUGCUUAUGGGUUGAUUAAGGUGCCAAGAGGAUUGCCUAUUCGGGUUUUUAAGAAUCUGAGAGUGUGCGGGGAUUGUCAUCGAGCAUUGAAGUUCAUAUCGGCCAUAGAAGGGAGGGAAAUAAUUGUUAGAGAUAAUACAAGGUUUCACCAUUUCAAAGAUGGGAGCUGCUCUUGUGGAGAUUACUGGUAAACAUGAUAAAGAAACCCAAAAUUUGAUGGCCUGUGUAUAUAUAUAUGUAACAUGUAGUUCUUAAUUCUAACAAUUUCAGCACUUUUGAUGAUUUUGCUUAAACAAUUGCUCCUAUAAAAUACCCAACACCUACUUUCUUCACUAUACUUGAUCAAGAUAGAGAUUGAAAGAACAUUUUGGUCAAUAUAAUGAUUUUUCUGCUUUUGAUUCUCGCUAUAGGCUUCGUUUCUAAAAUGACUACUCUAAAGCACGACGAUGUUAUGUUAGAACUAUACAAGUGGAUGAUGUAAUUAAAAGAUCGUAUUAUUUGAAUUUUGUUGAACUAAUUCUUAUUAUUUCUAGAGAAAAUUGAUAGAGUUCCACAUUUUUACAGUCAACCUUUUGUAGUAUUGUUAGAUAAAUUACAGAAAACAAUUCAAAAUC